ACAGUAAUCUGUCAGAAAAAUAUUAAAAUACAGAAAAACUAAACUUGUACAUUCAAAAAUAUUUGUUACCUAGUAUAUUUUCACGUUCUAUUAGUGAAUGUGCAAAAUUAAUCAGUAAACGUUUGGUAGUGUCAUAUUUAUAUUAACUGUAGAUGAGGAUAUUGAGUGAGAUAGUUGCAGUAUUUUUAAUACUUAUUUCGCUUAACUCAAUAUCAACGGAAAAAAUGGAUGAGAAAUCUAUGACUUCAUCAAUUGCUCAGUUUUCAGCAAGGUUUUGUAAUGAACUAGAUAAAAGUAAAAGUGUUGUUUCUUCACCAUUAUCCGCUGAAUUUGUGCUAGCACUUUUAACUUUGGGUGCAACUGAUCCUGCACAUGAAGAGUUAUUGACAACCCUUGGGAUUCCUGAUGAUGAAUCUAUUCGUUCAUCAUUUUCUGUAGUGUCAUCUAAAUUGAAAUCUAUUAAAGGUGUGACAUUAAAUGUAGCAAACAAGGUGUAUAUAAAGGAAGGGGACUAUGAUCUGGAACCAAAACUAAAAGAAGAUGCUGUAAAGAUUUUUGAUGCAGCUUUUGAAAAGAUAAAUUUUGAUGAUGGUGCUACUGCUGCUAACACUAUCAAUAAAUGGGUUGAAAGUAAAACCAAUGAAAGAAUUAAAGAUCUUCUUUCAAGUGACAGCCUUAACAGUGAUAGUAGAUUGGUUUUAGUAAACGCUCUCUAUUUUAAGGGAACGUGGAAGAAACAGUUUGACUUAGCCAAUACUAUGGAUCAACCCUUCCAUGUUGAUGAAGAAAAAACGAUAAUGGUGCCAAUGAUGUACAAGGAAGAUGACUACACAUAUGGGGAGAGUCAAGAACUUGGAGCUCAGUUAUUAAAAAUGCAUUACGUAGGUGAGGAAGCUAGCAUGCUGAUUGUUCUCCCUAAUGAGAUUAACGGGCUGAAUAACGUGUUAAAAAAACUAGCCGACGGCUAUGAUCUAUUGGGCGAAGUGGACAAAAUGUUUAACACUAAAGUACAGGUCACCAUUCCCAAGUUCAAGAUUGAGACUGAGAUUGAUUUAGCGGAUUUGCUUCCAAAGCUUGGCAUAAAGGCAAUCUUUGAUCGCGACAAUUCGGGGCUCACGAAGAUCAUGAACGGCAAUGAAGUUUUGUAUGUUUCUAAGGCUGUACAGAAAGCAUUUAUUGAGGUCAACGAAGAGGGCGCAGAAGCUGCCGCGGCUACGGGCAUGGUGAUGAUGCUCCGGUGCGCGCGGCCGCCGUCGCCGCAGUUCCGCGCCGACCAUCCCUUCCUCUACCUGCUCGUCGACUCACAGAAUAACACACUCUUCGUAGGAGUCUACCGAGCCAUAGAAUGAACUGACCAAGAUUCUGCAUCGAUAUUGUUUCGCUUUUACACCACUUUCAUGAAUUUAUAACUUCGUGUGCUUUAGAUGUUACAUAAUAGUAAUAUGUUAAAACUUGCAUUUAAUUGUAUUCUAUAUAACAUUAUAAAAUUACGUCAUUUCAUUUAGUAAAACACUGCUUGAAUUUUUAUCGUUUUAUGAUUGUUUGCUUAUAAACACCGUACUUAUUUAUUAUUAGGUGAUAAUAUUGAUUUCAUUAGUGGAAUGAAAAAUAUAAUUUAUUUAAAUGAUUUUAACUAAUUUUUUUAAAGAACAGGAUAUCUCUUUAAAGUAGAUCUAUUAAAUUAUCGUGAGGUUAAUCCUCAUAAAAAUGUAAUAAAUCAUCUACUAAAUAAGGAUUAUGAUAAUGAGUAUUAAAUAAAGCAAAAUGAAAGCGAACUCUUAUUUAGAUUGGCUAACUGCCCUUGUGACUUGUAUUUAAACCAUUUAUAAAAGGUCUCAUAUCUGAUUUUUCAGAACUAUCUGAUGUGUAUGUUUACAUUACAGCAAUGGGCAUCAUGUUCUGUUCAGCUAUCCUCAACGCACCUCCGGUGCCUCGCUUCGUAGCAGACAGGCCUUAUCUGUCUAUAAUACUUGCCAACGGCACCCCGCAUUUCAUGGCCGUACAUCGCGGCGAUUGUUGAAAAUUAUCUGUCAAUCUUUGAUAAUAUGUAUUAAUCAUUGUUGUCUUGUAUAUUUUUUUUAUUAUUCUGAGAUAAUUAUGUACGUCAUGACAAACUUAAUACUACUAAUAAUUUCUAAUAUUAAAGUCAUGUAUUGUUUAAACAUAUUCGAUUUUAUUAUGUAUAGUUUAUUAUUAGGUUUAAGACUAGAUAAAGAAGUCUCGCGGAAAUAUGCGAAUUUACAAUAAAUGUAAAAUUUUGGGAAGGCUGUAGCGUGAUCGCUGAGCAGGAAGAAUUUCAAAUUAUUGCAAUCCAUACAAAUUAGAACUUGAAUUACGCGAAAAUAAACUCGGUUUUCGAAUCACAAAUACUGUUCAAAAGGUCGUAAAACUAUCUUAGUACAGUAGAAAUAAAACUUUUUAUGAUGGGAAUUAAUUUAAAAAAUUUAAAGCAAUAAAAAAAUGUAUGUUCCGCGACCGUGCUUUAGCGCCAACGAAGAGUAAAUUAUAAUCACUACGUUUACUAGCGCUGCGGCUAAAGGACUUAUUCGUAAGAAAGACUUCUUAAACUAUGUUUAAACACGAAACUAUCAAAAAACUAUGUUUUGUAAUAAGACGGAUAGUGUUUUACUUGAUUUAAUCAUUGUACUUACUUGAACAGUACUGUGAUUAGAAAAUUUGAUAAAAAUACAAUUAACUAAAAUAAUUUCUUUGAAUAUUGUCCAUUGAUACUACAAGUACUGAAAAUGUAAUUUAAUGAAGAUUGUAAUGUAAUUGAACGUUAGUUGGUUUUGUUAAAAUACAACACAUUUAUUUUUGAGAGUAAGGUUAUAUUUUUGCUGUUAAAUUAUUAACAUAAGUGCUCUUAGCUGAAAUCACUUAAUAUUUUUACUAAUGUUAAGAUUUUUUAUUUACAUGCAUUUAAUAAUAAUAUAUUAUAUUUAUUUAAAUACUAAUUGUGUUUUUUUAUUAUUUUGUAAAUAUUAAUAUAUAUAUACAUCAACAGAAUCUAGGGAUAUCUAAAAAAAUCAAAUAUAAAAAAUCAUCAAAUAUCUAAAAAUCUAUGAAGAAUUUUGUGGUAUAGUAAAUGGAAGAAUGAUAGAUUAUUAUUAUGAUGAGGUCUUU